UAGCUUGCUUGACCUGUGGCCUGGGGGCCAUGGAUCUAGUUAGUGGGUCACUAAAUUGUGUAGUUAAUUAGUUAAAUGGGCUCAUCCCCAGACGGACUAAAUUGUUCCGAAGACACAGGUGAACCGGUUCCUUUGAAGACUAUAGAAACGAGUUCGGGUGGGGGUCUCUUCGAUGGUAGCUGCUCGCCUUUGGAAAUCGACGAGAUCUCCGUUCCUCCGUCGGAUCGUCGCUGGUUUUGCUUCCAAAGGUGGUGAUGGUAAUUGAAAAAGUGUGAGGCUUGAUCUUGUUGAGUGAAGAAGAAAUGGUGUUGGUUUUAGCGUUAGGUGAUCUUCACAUUCCUCACAGAGCAGCUGAUCUGCCGGCAAAGUUCAAGUCCAUGCUUGUCCCAGGGAAAAUCCAGCACAUCAUAUGUACCGGAAAUUUAUGCAUCAAGGAAAUUCAUGACUACUUGAAAAGCCUGUGUCCUGACUUGCAUGUUAGUCGAGGUGAAUACGAUGAGGAUUCUCAUUAUCCAGAGACCAAAACUCUUACCAUUGGUCAGUUCAAGCUCGGGCUGUGUCAUGGUCAUCAGAUCGUCCCAUGGGGUGACUUGGAUUCCUUAGCCAUGCUUCAGAGGCAAUUGGAUGUUGACAUCCUUGUGACAGGCCACACUCAUCAGUUCAAGGCCUACAAGCAUGAGGGUGGUGUCGUCAUAAACCCUGGCUCUGCAACGGGUGCCCAUAGCAGCAUCACCUAUGAUGCCAACCCAAGCUUUGUGCUUAUGGACAUCGAUGCACUCCGAGUCGUGGUGUACGUGUAUGAGCUAAUUGAUGGAGAGGUAAAGGUCGACAAGAUUGACUUUAAGAAGACCACAACCACCCAUGCUUGUCACUAAAAUUCUUUGAGCUAUUAUCACCAUAUAAUCACCCAAAUCUGAAUAAUUUGGGCAUACAUUUGGAGUCUUAUGUUAUUUGAUAAUUGCUGUAGAGUGGUUGCUUAGCAUCUGAGCAGGGGAGCUAGGUCUCUACAUUGUUAACGCUAAAGGAAAUUUUUUGUGGGUGAUUGCUCGAGUCCUUGAGAUUCUCGACCUUUUCAGAUCCAUGGUGUUUAAAGCAUUCAGUAUUUUUUUAAUUCCCAUCUCCCAGGAAAACAAGCAGCCCAGGUAUAUGAAUUAUCAGAACUUGCCACAGGUGGAUUCCUGUAGUGAUAGGUUAUCUGGGGAUCUUUUGAGACACCAUCCACAUUAGGAGCCAAGCAGGCUACAUAAUUUGUGAUCGAGGCAUUCAUUGUACCUGGAGACAGCUGGAGGGACAGUGAUGAAUUUUGGGCUCAACGUAUGGUAUUUGAGGGUUUCCACUCAAUGGAAAUUUUAGAAGAUACCUGAUUCCAUGGAAUGGUCGUGUUGCUUUACAGUGUUGGUAAAUUUUUUACCGUUUUUUCAGAGCAAACCCUUUAACUCUUUAUUAUAAUGAUUUGACAUAGUUCUUAUGAACUUGCUAUACUGUUAAACAAGUAUCAAGUAUUUUACACA